CAGUCUCAGUGCACUGGAAGCGCUACGGGCGCCAUCUUCUGCAGAGCCACGGGAAUUCAUUCAGCGCGAGCCUCAACAUAGAUGGCUAGCACCUAGCUGUCAGUGUACAUCGGUUGUACACUACUACACUCGUUAUUAUGAUGCAUCAUGGGAUUGAAUGAGUGCACUUAAUAAUGUCCACUAUGUAUUCGUACACCACUAAAACUGGACGUACCCUUAAAUAUGUCAGCGUAUAGGGGGCUAUUUCGGACACAGUCGUAGUGUCUUGCUGGGACGUUUAUUUUAAAAGCGCACCAUAUUUAAGAUUCACCACUUCAGGAAUAUCGCUCGUUAGUUCCACACAGCGAUUAAGAAGGACAUUGUCAUAAAUACAAAGAUGAAAUCUCUAGCGCAGGAGAUAGAGGGUUUCUCUAAAGGACAUUUGAGGAAACAGAGCACCCGUGUGACUACGGUGACCGGGAGGAAACUGAUAGAGACGCGGAGCGGUGAAAACUUUCAAAUAGCUGAUGAUUCAGAACAGGACGGUGACGGGGCGUGUGGGUUCGUGCAGGAUCUGCGCGUGGACCUGCAAGUUGGCACCAUCAGACCUUUCCUUUUACUUUCAUCACAGGAUGCUGCUCAUGACAUAGACACACUGAAAAAAUGUAAGGUAACGCAUGUGCUGAAUGUGGCCUAUGGGGUUGAAAAUGCAUUCCCAGGAGUCUUCAUAUACAAGACUGUCACCAUGUUAGAUCUUCCAGAGACAGACAUCACCUCCUAUUUUCCUCAGUGUUUUGAGUUCAUAAACCAUGCCUCUCAGCAGGAUGGAAUGGUGUUGGUGCACUGUAAUGCCGGCGUGUCUCGCUCUGCUUCUGUUGUCAUUGGUUUCCUCAUGUACCAAGAGAAGAUGUCAUUCGAAGAAGCCUUCCGCACUGUGAAAUCUGCCAGGCCACACAUCCAGCCAAACCCAGGCUUUAUGAAGCAGCUAAAGAAUUAUAAGCCUUGAUGCAACAUACGUCUCAAAUAUCAUUUUAUCAUUGACCUUAUGGAUUCAAGGCAUUGAGUAAAAUUUAUAACAAUGUUUCUAUUGUCAUGUAGCACUUUACUAAUGAUCUGAUGAGUUGAAUCAGGUCUAUUAGAAAAUGGAAACCUACAGAAUGUGCAGUACAAGGUUCAAUUGCCAACAUGAUUUUUGAGUGUUUCAGUGUUAUUAUGCUCAAUUGUGUUCGAUAAAAUUUGAUUUAUCUUGCGCAUUUCGCAGUUUUGUAUUAGGAAAUGGCAAAAGUCACUGUGGUAUAGAGAUAUAGUUGUGGAAAAACAGAGGCAAAGAGUACAUUGUGGAUGAAACAUCACAAAAUUUGGCAAAAAAUGUGUUGUAAUAAGGUUCAAUAUAAAGGAAGGAGGCCUUCUAAGGGAUGUCACUUGAAGACGAAAAGUUCAGCAAACUCAACUAUGAAAGGGAUUUAAAUGUUUUCCAUGUCUGCCUUUUUAAGCUCAUCAAAGAUCUGAAAGAUUUUUCUUGGAUGCAAAAUACAUUAUAAGGAAAUAUUUGAGUGAUAGAAGCAAAACACGUUACAUUUAUUCCCAAAUAAAAAUGUAUUUCUGCAUUAGAAAAAGGUUUAGAUUGUAUCAUUAUUCUCAUGAAAAACAUGUUUUUCCCUAAACUUUACAUUUACUGGAAAUAUAAUCAUGUAUGGUUAAAAGUGUUUUAUUUUUAUGGAAAUUCAAUUCAGUACCACAAAUACUUUCAUGAUAUAUGUAACACUUAUGAUAGCUUUCUCAUCAAGUAUGAGUAAUAUUCUUGUUUCAAUGCAAACGCAAAAUU